AUGUUUGAAAACUACCCUGGUGAACGGUUAGUAUUUUUUUUUCACCAAGAAAACGGGCUAGACUUAUUUUGCGAAAAAAUUUAGAAACACCUAUUUUUUUCACCUUUUUAAAUUUUUCGGUUUUGAUCGAGGACAAGUAUUUUUCAAACUUGAUAGCAUUUCAAAAAAAUCCUAAGGAAUGUACAAAGCUGCUAUUUCUUCUUUUUUCUUUUUUUACAUUCCGGAAUCUUUUUUGUAGAAUCUUAGUGAGGAUGUACAUUUCUCCAAAGCGCAUAAAGUAAAGGUUAAUAGAAAAUUAAAUCAAAAAGAUUGCUAGGUUUUUGUUGUCGAUUUUUUUAACUUUGAUUAGUUUCAUUCAACUCUUUCAAACGUUUUCUACAAACUAGUUAAAAUUCUCCUCACUGUUCUAAUUUUUAAUGCGUUUUUCACUUCAUUUCUUUCUUUUUUUGAUACAUGAUUGGCUUUCAGCGCACCCUACACUCGAAUAUGCAUCGAAAAACAAUUUCGCCGUCAGAAAAGGAGAAAAAGGUUACCUCAAAAAAACAUUCUUUCACUAGCCACUGAAGUCAUAAUACUAUGUAUUCGAACGAUAAACAAAAACAAGAAAAAAACAAAGAAAAAGUGGAGCUAAAAGGCGUUUUUAGGUGGCGAAGAACGAGAAGGAAUGAAGGAUCGAUGGGAGGCAGCGGAAGACACGCGAAGCAUUGGAAAUCAACGGCCCUAAGGCUCCUGCUUGGCGUGAAGCAUCGAAUUUGUUUAUAAACAAAGCCCAAAAAAGGAAUAUUUGGAGCGACUCUUCCAGGUUAUCGUUUUUUCCCGCGUUUUCGAAGGAAAUCAAAUAAAAAGAGAAGUCCACAACGUCACUAGCGCAUAAUAAGAGCUUCAUAUAGCAGUUUCAAGUUUGCAGUUAAAGAAAAAGUCUAGGAAAUUCGUUACAAAUCUGUUUCCAUAAAUUGAGCAUAAAUGUGAUUUUUUUUUCCAUCAAACUGCUUAGGAACGUUGCUCUGCAAAGGUUUUCUGCGUCAAUACUAUUUUGUCGUUUUUAGCAGAUUAUUUUCAAGUUUUUUUUUCCUUUUUUAUUUUGAAAAAAGAGAAAAACCAGUUUUCAAAAGCUUGGCUGCUCAACUUUUCCAUCAAACUAUCUGUUAAGAAACAGUGUCUACAGUGUGAUUCAGUUGAAGCGGAACGGUGUUUUAUUCCAGAGGCAUUCUCUCGACUUUUGUUGGCAUAAGUACAAUGAGCAACACGGGAAAACCCGUCGGCAGCCUGGAGGUAAAGCUGCGGUUGUUGGAGUGGCGCUUACUCGGUGCCGCGGAGCAACCGGUAUCGUCGUCGGGGUUGGCUUGAGCGGCGUUUUCGUCGCCUCGCAGCCUCUCGCCCUCUCGACCCGUCGACCGUCUUGA